CAUGAAUGUGAGAUGUUCUAAAAGUUUUUUUACAAGUGUUUCGUAAAGUUUUUAUUAUUUAAAUAUUUUAAAUAAAAUUUGUUUUAAAAGUAUAUGUGAAUAAAAUGGCAUUGCAUUUUAAUAAUAAUUUGAUGUGAAGGAAUAAAUCUCAUUAAUUCAUGGUGCCCUACAGUGAAUAUUUACAAAUUUUUAACUAGAAUGGCUGAUCUUGAAUCGGAUUCUGGUAAUAUUUAUACGAAAAGGAAGCGAGCAUGCAGUUUGGAUUCGGAUCAAGAAAAUAUACAACCAUCAAAGAAAAUCUAUUCGGAAAGCGAUGAAGACGACACAUACACAUCAUUAUUGGCACAGGGAUUGCGAACACCUAAUUGUCAUUCAUUUGGAUUAGGUUCACCAUUUAUGACACCGCGUGGAGCACAUCCGCCACCAUUACCGGUAUUACCAUGGGCGGAUAGUACCGAAAUGUGGAAGGUGAUGAUGAAAGAGGAUGAAGAUAGUGCAAAACAACGUGUACAAAAUGUGUUUGAAAAUAAUCCAGCUUUAAUACCUAGAAUGCGUGCUAUUUUAUUAGAUUGGUUAUCAGAAGUAUGCGAAGUAUAUCGAUUACAUAGAGAAACAUACUUUUUAGCUAUAGAUUAUAUUGAUAGAUAUUUAUCCAAACGUCACGACGUUCCAAAAACACAACUUCAAUUAUUAGGUAUUACAUGUUUAUUUCUGGCGGCGAAAGUUGAAGAAAUAUAUCCACCAAAAUUAGCAGAAUUUUCAUAUGUAACAGAUGGCGCAUGUACGGAUGAUAAUAUAUUAACGAAAGAGGUGAUUGUAUUAAGAGAAUUAAAUUGGGAAUUGACGCCAAUGACCGUUAAUUAUUGGCUGUGCUUAUAUAUGCAAAUAUAUAUACAUAAGACUGAAAUUCAAUCAACACAUCACGGGAAUCAUGAAACGUCGAUGGUCCGAUGUAAAGAACAAAAUGAGAAUUCAUUUGUUUAUCCACAAUAUUCAGCAAUGGAUUACGAAACAGCAAUACGUAUAUGUAAUUUAGCUGCCUGGGAUAUUGGAUUGUUUCGAUUUUCAUAUGCGGUUAUUGCGGCCGCAUCUGUUUAUUACGUUUUUAAUCGAGAAGUUGCGUUAGCUGUAUCCAGUCUGACAUGGCAAACGUUAAAACCAUGUGUUGAUUGGAUGUAUCCAUUUGCAGUGGUUGUCAAGGAAACAACACGACCAGUUAUUACAGGAAUUGAACCGAAGAAAACAAAUUCACGUACUGGCUUGACGAAAACAAUACCAAAUAUUGUUAACGAUGAAACGCAUACAAUGCAAACCCAUAAUAUUAAUUUAGAAAUGUUGGAAAGAGCAAAGUUACUACCACCAAGAACACCAUGUAAAGAGAGUUCAAUAGAGUCACCAGAAAAAAAUGUUAUGUUAACACCACCAAAAAGCGGACGAAAAGGAGGAACAAAAGAAAAAAGUUUGAAUCCACUUUAACGUAGUUUUAAAAUAAAAAUAAUAAAUACGGUAUAUUUAGUAAUUGUACAGCUUGUUGAUGGGAGGUAAUAGAGGGGUUGUCAUGAGUACAGUACCAUUCGAAUAAGACGUCGAUUACCUCUUCUUCAAAAGCUAAAAAGGUUGAAAUUAUCAAAUUUUAUUAAAAUAUCUUAAAAUUGAAUUUUACUUAAUAGGGUUGCUUUCUAAUAUAGCCAUUGGUGGCUAUAGGCAGGGUAACUGCGAAAGAAUUUUAGCUUCGACCAGGCAAAAUAAUAAAAAUAUUUUCUCAAAAUGUGUGUCUCAGAGAUUUGAGUCUGAAGAUAUGUCCACUUAUCGAUAAUCGAAAUCCAUCUAUUCGGUACUAAUUUCAAUCAAAAAAUUUAGUUAUUUGCGUUGAAUAUACUUUAAUAAAAGAUGUUUGUCUUUUAUCGAAGAGUAAUUUGUUUAUACAUUCACUCUAGUUUCUUAUAUAUUCAUAUUUACUACUCAGUUGGGUUGAGAUAGCACGGCUUGGAUAUUUUGUACAGUGCGUAUUUGAAGAUAUACAUACAUUCACUCUAAAAGCACAUAAACUUAUUACUAAGUCAGUUGGAUUGAGUUAGCACGGGUUGGCCAACUACUCUUUUAUCGCAGAUCUCAUUAGAAGAGUGAUAUACAUAUAUUGGAUGUACAUCACUUUUCUAAAGCGAGAUUGCAAAAAAAAAAAGCCAACUCGUGCUAACUCUUAAGAUAACAUUGAAUAUAUGUAUAUCACUUUCCUUAUUUCACGCUACUAAGAGAAGUCAAACUGUGUUAACUCAACCAAACUGAUUGAAUUGUAAAUAAAUAUAAGAUAUGUACGGAGUAUUAGAAAAUUACCAGUUGAGCAACUCGAGAAAUAAUGAAUUAAGAAGAAUUUUAUACCAAUGUUGUUGUAUGCUUAAAAGAGUGUACUGAAGCCAGUUCAUGUAAUUGAACUUCAUUUUCAAGAUCAUUAACCAUUCGUCUAUUGCGUGAAAUUUCCGCACUGAGUUGACACGGCGAUGUGCGCUGUUUUACAUAUAAACAUUUACAUCAAAUAAAUUUUUUAUAAAAAAAAAAAAAAAAAAAAAAAAACGUAUUCUGCACUUUUUUGGGGGAAUAAUCAGUAAAUAAAUGUAAAGGGUAUUCCAAUACGAACGUCUGUUUUGAUUUUUAAAUAAAACAUAUAUAUUUGUGGUAUAAGUUUGAAACAUUUAUUGAUAUUCAGUGAUACAGCGUUGAUUUGCUUAUUUUAAGUCUUCAAGUUGUGUUUCCCUUGCAUUAAAUUAAAUGACAUUUUUAAUUCAAACAUAAUUCCUUACAAAUAAUUUAUAAAUUAUAAUUAAAAACAUUAAUUAUCUUUAUAACGUAACCUCAAAGUAUGUAGAUUUAGAAUAAGAUUUAGAAUUUAGUAGAAUAAUUUAUAAAUAAUAAUUGUAUAUGAUUCAAAUUAUAAAAGAUAGAUGGAGGUUACUACGGUUAGCUUGACAAUGCUGAGUUGCGUAAUAGACAGGGUGUCGUAUUUUUGUAAUCCCGGGAAUGCAAUUUUUUUUAAUGAAUACUAUAAUAUUAUGUAUUACAUUUAUUGGGAGCUUCUGACGAUCAUAGUUUUUUUUAUUAUUUAGACAAAAAAAAAUUAUCAAAUACAUAUCCACGCUUAUCACGCGAUGGACGAACGGUUAAAGAGCGGUGCUGGGAUCAGAUUUUGAAAUUGAUAUUUUCUUUCAAGAUCAUUAAAAAAUGAACUGUUGCUAAUAAAAAAUAACUGAUGAUAAAUCUAAAAAAAUAGGCCAUCAAAAACAGUUUCAAUGAUUGAACUUAAUAUAACUCAUUUAACUCUGCAUUUUUUGUAGAAUAUUUCUUUUUCUUAUUCUUUCUGCUGUGAAUUCUACUAUUCCGUCACACCCUAUACAAAAAGUAGUUGUUUUAAGAUUUAAAUAAAAUUUGUCAAUCUCAACCCUAUAUAACUUUUUACGAUGAUUGGUUUAACAAUUGAUUCGAAAGGUUUUGAAUAUCAAGACCACCUCUUCUAUUUCAUUCCAUCGCCAGGAUUAUAUAUUGCAAAAUUAUCGGUUAAUGAUUAGCCAGUCUGUGAUG